UAUAUAUAUACAUAUAUAUAUCGCGCGCUAUGUGCUGUCAGUGUGUGUGUGCACCAACGGAUCCUAGAUGACUGUGGGAAUAGUGUGUGACACUCGUGCGACCAAGAAAUGGAAAAGAUAGAGUUGCUAGGCGGUGCUUGCUUCAGCCACGGCCCUUACACAUUUUAUAAGGCAGUAAGGAUAAGUAACGGUCGUGUCCUUCGUCUCGGUAGUUUCUUCCUGACGAAAUUGUGGAGCGAUGCCGAUCUCGUCAGCAUCGGCGAACUUCAGCUACUGUGGAUGGACAGUCGUGGACCGAAUCAGCCUUUGGCGUCCUUGCGACUUUAUUUCUUACCUGAAAACACGCCGGAUGGAAGGAGGGACACGCACGGAGAGGUAUGACGCAUCAAGUUGCUACUUUAAGAAAAAUAGAUCGUGCAGCAUGCGCAAAAGCUCUACCGAGAGGUAAUGGGACCGACAUAAAUCAACGUGAUGUUUACGGGAAGUCGAGACAUGUACGUUUUGUCAAACCGCAAUUCCGCAGGCUUUAGGUCACUUUAAUUAGGUCACUUUAAUGUUUUAUUAUAUUGCUCGAAUAUUCAUGUCGG